AUGGAUCGCAAGAACAAAAUAGACAAAAUACACGCCGAGCUGAUGGCGCUAGAGGCAGAGGGCUCAAGAAAUGUACACGCGAGCAACAAUGAGGAGGAAGACAAUAAGCGAUUCACAAACGAAGAGAUACGUCGAACAGGCGGCCUGGGGUCUCCUUGCGCGCUGUAUCUGGCUUCUAUGGGAAUUGGCCGCUUAGGGCUGGCUGACCACGAUACCGUGGACCAGAGCAACCUUCACAGACAAGUCAUCCAUACUGAGGCCGCCUGUGGAAUGCCAAAGGUAGUCUCGGCACUCACAGGUUUGUCCCGACUCAACUCGAUGUGCAAAGUGCGCGCAUACGACGUGCUGCUUGACAGCACAAAUGCCAAGGACAUCAUGCGUGGCUACGACGUUGUGGUGGAUGCGACAGACAACGCGGCGACACGAUACUUGAUCAAUGACGCCUGUGUGAUGCUGGGAAUUCCGCUGGUUUCUGGAAGCGCCGUUCGGCUCGACGGCCAGCUGACUGUGUACAAUUACAACGGUGGGCCAUGCUAUCGCUGCCUGUUUCCGACACCCCCGCCGCCCGAUUCCACAGCAAACUGCUCAGAGACCGGUGUGCUGGGCGUGGUUCCGGGAAUCAUCGGCUGCCUGCAGGCCAUGGAGGCAGUUAAAGUGCUCACUGGCCGCAAGAAGGAAGAGGCGCCAAACUUGCUGAUAUUCUCUUACAGAUCCCAGCCGCACUUCCGCUCGAUCAAACUGCGCUCACGGAAGCCUACGUGCGCUGUUUGCGGCGACAUGCCGACAGUGACCGAGCUGGUCGACUAUGCGGCAUUCUGUGGGGCCGGUCCCAAUGACAACGCGCCGGAGUGGAGCAUAUUGAGCGACCCUGGUCAACGCAUAUCGUGCAAGGAGUACAGCCAGCUGCUCACAGACUCCAGUAGGCAUCUUUUGCUGGAUGUUCGCGAUGAGGUGCAGUUUGAGAUCUGCAGCUUGCCCAACUCGCUCAAUAUACCGAUGGACCAGUUUGACCAGCGCCGAGAGGAGUUGGAGAAGGUUGUGAAUGACCUUGGCGGCGCGCCCAUCUACACAUUGUGUCGCCGCGGAAAUCUCUCGCAAUUGGCUGUUCAGUACAUCCGUGAUAACCUUGGCUACAAAGAGUGCUACGAUAUCGCCAAGGGUCUUAUCGGUUGGCAGAGCGACGUGGAUCCGGACUUCCCCGCAUACUGACAGACAUACUGCUUGCGAUCGAGCAGCUUUGCUGGUUCUCUGAACUUUCCUGAGUGUAUGCGAAAAAAUAGA